AUGAGUCAAAGGACUUUUAGCGUGCUCUCACCCUUAGCGCCACUCCGCCUUCGCACUUCUGCCUGCUGCAUCUUACAAAAGACAGUCGAUGAUCAUGGCUGCCUACUAACCUUCUCACCCCUCACGUCGCCCAACGUCGACAACAUACCUUCCAACCACCAACCAACCACUCAAAUCCCCACUCAACCCCCCUUCUCACAGUCUUCCUUUCAGGAAUCUGUGAACUCAAGUCCUGCCUCGCGCAUCUUCAGUUCGCCGCUUACUACCCUGUCCGACUUUCCGUCGUUCACCACGGCUUCUCAACAGCAAACAUGGCCCUCCUCACCAGCUCCCCCAGCCUCAAGGCAAUCAUCGAAUCAACCAACUUUUGCGACCGACUUCGUACUCUACGAUCAACCGACCAAGCCUCAGCCGCUUCGUCGACCCAGCGUUCCUCUGCCUGGUCAAGCGUUUAACCAAUCGAACUUCUACGCCACUUCGGCUCCGACGUCUUCUUUCGGUUUUCAAAACCAGCAACCUCCGUCAAAUCGACCCCCGGUACCUCUCUUCCAUAGCAACAGCACCCCGAACGUGCAUCAAUACCCUCGUCAGAGAUCUCAGAACACUGCAACCGGCACCAUGGCUACAGGUACUUUGUCACUGCAUAUACCACUCUCUCACACAUCCUCUAAUUCAAGUCCGUCAGAUUUCGACCUCUUCCCCGGGAUCGGCAGUGGCUUCGGCCACAACGACUUCGCGUCGGAUGCCUCCCUGAAUGAUAUCUUUGGUGAUUCCACCACAGAUGUGAAGUUCACAUCCAUCAACGGUGCUUCGAACGCGUCCACGUCCACUCGAACUGUCUCUCCCAAGGACCUGCACCAAGAUGGCUUCUCUGCACCACCAUCUGCCGCUUUCACCAACCUGACUUCUCCUGAUAUUGAUGCUUCUCCGUUCAUGUCUGGUAGCUUCGACACGUCCCCGAUGUUUGACAACUCCAUGGACGUCAACACCGGUAACGAUUGGUACUCUUUGUUCCCCGAUUCCACCGAUAACGCUUCUUCGUCAUUCUCUCAGCCCCUCGAGCGCAACCCAAGCACCCAAUCGCUCGCGCAGUCCAGCGCCUCCAGCACCAACUCUCCUCUUGUCCUUGAUCAGUCAAAUCGUCGCAAGUCGUCCACCAACGCUUCUCCUGCGAUGAACGCUGGUAUUAGCAAGCCUCGUCGCCGCAAAGGUCCUCUACCUCCAAUCGCGGUCGACCCUAACGACAAGGCGGCAAUGAAGCGAGCUCGCAAUACUCUUGCUGCUCGUGACUCUCGCCAGCGCAAGUACGAGCAUGUUCAGACUCUGUCCAACCGUAUCAAGGAACUUGAGGAUGAGAAGGAGCAGCUGAAGGCUGAGGCUGAGAGGUGGAAGACACUGGCUCUCAGUGCAACUCUCAGUGACAACCCUCAGUAGUCCGCAAACUUUGGUUAUUCAUGAUUUAAACGGGGAGCUGGAGAGGGCAAUGCCUCUCCAGUGUAGGAAAAGUUUCAUUGUCACUGUUUGGUUGCUUCUCACCGUCUCGGUCCGGCUUCGACUUGUCGUUGCCGCAAACGAAUGGUGCCUGUCGUUCGAUUGUUUGAUCUCACAGACUGGUCGGUUCUGAUGUCUCCCCGUAUGGGAUUGACUCGUGGCCAUGUCUUUAUGACGUUACGACGUGAUGCUUGUGCAUCGCGUCUUGCUAUCUGAUAAUAAUUUCAUUCUUAGUGUACUAAAACAAUCUUCGUAUCUA